UGCUUGUCCUACUGUAUGGCAGCAGGUGAAACCAGUCUAACCUCACCUGUAACAGGUCUAUGUAGUGAGUUUCUAGAGAGAGGAUCAGGGCAUGAAGCCGUAGCUUUGUCAGACUCACCAUGGUCACCUGCCUGCCACUCAGGACCCCUGGAGGUUUGGUCAGAGUGGUGCUUCCAGAAUCCCGUAGGAGUGGACUGUAGUGCCGCCGAGCCUCGCUGUAUCUGGUUGGCAGUGCUGCGUGGUGCCCCCUUGCCCUCGCCCCCCACCAUGAGGCCAGUCCCGGUCGGCAGCCGUGCCCAGCAACAUUCUCACCAGCCCAGGGCAAAGGGUUGGAGAGAUGGGCUCUCCUCAGCCGGUGACAACCCUCGGCCUGCGAUGGGGGUGGGAGGAGAGGGGGCUGGCGUUGGCUGGCAGGGUCCCCGGACGCUACUACUCCAGAAGAACUCACAGGGCUUCGGCUUCACGCUGCGCCACUUCAUCGUCUACCCACCAGAGUCUGCCCUGCACACCAGCCUCAAGGACGAGGAGAACGGGAAUGGAAAGGGGAGAAGUAGGUUGGAGCCAAUGGACACCAUAUUUGUCAAGAAUGUGAAAGAGCGAGGUCCCGCUCACCAGGCUGGCUUGUGUACAGGGGAUCGGCUGGUGAAGGUGAAUGGAGAGAGUGUCCUGGGGAAAACCUACUCCCAGGUGAUCGCCCUCAUACAGAACAGUGAGAGUGUGUUGGAGGUCUCUAUAAUGCCAAAAGGUGAAGACGUGCUGCAGCUGGCAUACUCCCAGGAUGCCUACCUGAGGGGCAACGAGCCUUACACAGGGGGAGCCCGGAACCUUCCGGUACCCCCGCCCCUCUGCUACACUCCCCGCGCCAAGUCCCAGCCUCCCUCUGGGGCCCUGGCCCUCAUGGGCCAGAACCAGCUGGACAACUGGAGCCGCUGGGCAGGCUCCGCCAGUCCUUUGUCCCCGCUGGACAACCGCUCCACCGUGGGCAGCCCGGCCAGCUGGCAGGAGGGGUUGGGCGGACACAGUAGCCCCCCCCACAGGGUGGAGGAGAUCCAGUGCGGUGUGACCGGGCAGCAGCCUACGGGACAGACCAGGGGCCGCUCCUACUCCUCAUCUUCCUCCUCAGGAGGGCCCCUCAGCAGCCCUCUGCGUGUCCACUACGUCAACCACAAUGCCACCGCCACCACCGCCUCCUCUCAGCCCCGGAAGGGCAGCCAGGCCUGGGCCAGCCCUCUCCAGCCCAGCCCCAGCCGCAGCCAUCACUGCCAACAGGCCCUGUCUGAGUGGUACUACAGCCAAGCUGCUGAGCAGCGCCAGGGCCGCAGUGGCAGCAUGCACCAACGCCACCGCAGCUAUUCUCAGGACAGGCUGUGUGAGACAGGCCCCGGGCACCACCGACGGGGUCCGGGUGGCUGGCCCCACAGCGCCUCCCAGGACACCCUGAUGCUACUGCAACAGUCAGGCCCCGGCCCCCACGGGGACCCUUCUUGGACCUACAGAGACUGGGAGGGGGCCCGGGACCAGAGUCACCACUCCUCCUACGGCAACAGAGCCCGGUCGGAGAACCUGCUGGUACAGUACGACCGCAAUGGUCACUCGCUGGAGAUGCUGGGGUCACCCCGUUUCGAGAGGCCCGCCUGGCUGCAGCAGGCCUCACAGCAAGCACCCAGGACUGAGGCCUAUCAGAGGCAGGGGAACCAUUACGGUGUUGCGACGGCCCCCUCUACGGGCCGUCUAGCACAGCCGCACCACAAAACCCAAUCACAGUCCCACUCACAUACCCAGCCCCAGCCCCAGCCCCAACAGCCAGCCCCCCAGAGCAGACGUCUGCCCACCGGACAGAGCCUGGAUGACCAGCCAGUAGGUUACCGCAGCUACAGCCCCUCCUUCAACCGCAAGACAGGCCGUAUCAUGCAGCAACCCUCCUUCAGGGACCCCUCCUACCUUGGCCCCCACCUCAGCUGGGCCCCCACCCCCAAAACCUGCCCCCCUGAGGGUGUUGUCCCCUCAGUUCCAUCCCCCCUGGCCUCCACCACCCCUGAGCCCCUUGACAAGGCCUACCUCCCCACCAACCAUGAGAGAGGGGCAGUGGAAGGCCAGGUGGAGUUGGUAGCUCAGACCCAGGAGGUCAAACUGAGACAGAAACCCCCACGGGGCGAAGGAGCACCCACGCCAUGCCCACCCCCACUACACCCUGCCUGUAGACGGCACGGAACCCCUGUGUUUCCCCCUGACCCCCACAAUGCUGCCCCCGCCCCUCGCCCCUCAGGAGAUGGUGCCCCGCACCGUACCAAUGGCAACCUGGCCCCCCUGUCUGUAGAGGAUGACGCAAUGGCCUCCAUUCCCUUUAUAGAUGAGCCGACGAGCCCCAGCGCUGACCUCCGUGCCCGCCACGUGCCCGCCUCCUCUGUGGUGUCCAGCGGCAUGAGCUCAGCUCCCACCAUCGUCACCAGCCCCGCCUCCCCCACCUUCACCUUCCCUCUAACCAGGCUCUUCUCACACGACUACAGCAGUAUUAAAUCCAGUCGCCGUUCCUCCUAUCUUCUAGCCAUCACCACGGAGCGCUCCAAGUCAUGUGACGAGGGACUCAACACCUUCAGAGAGGAGGGCCGCGUCUUCUCGAGGCUGCCAAAGAGAGUGAAGAGUUUCUUCACUGAUGGGUCUCUGGACAGUCUGGGGGCAGCGGAGGAGGUGCGCUCCAAACGCCACUCCACCUCGGAGCUGGGCAGUAUCAGCUACAGUGACAUAUGGAGAGAGGGAUGGCUGCACUACAAACAGAUCCUUACGGAGAAGGGCAAGAAGGUGGGCAGCGGCAUGCGUCCGUGGAGGCGGGUCUUCUCAGUGUUGCGCUCCCAUUCGCUCUUCCUUUACAAGGACAAGAGGGAGGCGGUCCUGCGGGGCGCCACUCUGGGAGGCGAUGCCGACGAGGAGCAGCCAAUCAGCAUCCGGGGCUGCCUGGUGGACAUAGCGUACAGCGAGACCAAGCGCAAGCACGCGCUGCGUCUGACCACUCAGGACUUUUGUGAGUACCUGCUGCAGGCCGAGGACAGAGAGGACAUGCUGGACUGGAUCAAGGUCAUCAGCGAGAACAGCAAGACCGACAAUGAGGAGCUGGGAUUCUCAAGACAGGCUCUGAUCAGUAAGAAGCUCAAUGACUACAGGAAACAGAGUCCAACAGGCAACAAGCCGGACUCCUCUCCCAGGGUGUCCCGUGCCAAGCCUUCCUUCCUGCUGGCCAAGAUGGAGAACGCUGCCGGGGCGCCGCGCUCACCCAAACCUGAGGGCAAAGAUGAGAGCAGCCCCCCUAAGUCGCCAUGGGGGAUCAACAUCAUGAAGAAGUCCAAGAAGUCAGGGCCCAAGGCUUUUGGAGUGCGGCUAGAAGACUGCCAGCCAGCCGCCAACAACAAGUUCAUCCCUAUGAUUGUGGAGAUCUGCUGUGGGCUGGUGGAGGACAUGGGUCUGGAGUACACCGGCAUCUACAGGGUCCCAGGGAACAACGCAGUGGUGUCCAGCCUUCAGGACCAGCUCAACAAGGGGUCGGACAUCAACCCUGCAGAGGAGAAAUGGCAGGACCUGAACGUGAUCAGCAGCUUGCUCAAGUCUUUCUUCAGGAAACUUCCGGAGCCCCUCUUCACUGACGAUAAGUACAAUGACUUCAUCGACGCUAACCGGAUGGAGAAUGCCGGGGACCGGCUAAAGACCAUGAAGAAACUGAUCCGUGACUUACCAGACCAUUACUACCACACUCUCAAGUUCCUGGUUGGCCAUCUGAAGACGGUAGCUGACCACUGUGAGAAAAACAAGAUGGAACCUCGUAACUUGGCCCUGGUGUUCGGGCCCACGCUGGUGCGGACGUCUGAAGACAACAUGACAGACAUGGUGACUCACAUGCCUGACCGCUACAAGAUAGUCGAGACGCUCAUCCAACACUAUCUCUGGUUUUUCAGUGAGGACCUGGACAAGGAUGAGAAGACUCCUGUAGACACGAAGGACCUGGUGCCUGCCCCCAAUAUCGACCACUUGCUCUCCAACAUCGGCAGGACCGCUCUGCUAGGGGAGGCGUCAGACUCAACCAACAGUGACUCAGCUAAAUCUAAGGGCUCGUGGGGGUCAAAGCGAGACCUCACUGCCAAGGACUUUCUGACCCUGUCCAUCAUGUCCGCCGUCACCGGACGCAAGCGCAGGAAUCGCCACAACGGCCGCCUCGUGGGCAGCAGCACAGACGACGACUCAGAGCACGAGCCAAUCAAAGCCAGCCACCUGGGGGCGGAGGAGGGAGAAGAGGCGGGGCUGGUGGUGGCAGGAACAGACACCGCCCCACGAGCAGAGGAAGAGGAGGAGGAAGAUGAGGAGGAGGAAGAAGAAGAGUCUGUAGUAGAGAGAGUGAAAGAGAAGGUAGAGGAGGUGAUAGUUCACAGCAUGCCAUGCGGUAGUGAGAAAGAGAAAGCAGGGCAGACGGUGAUGCUGCUCUCUGAGGAAGAGGUGGUGACAGCAGAGGUGAAGGGCAGGGUGUGGCGGGGGCCAGAGGAUGCUCGCUCUAUCGUCUCCGGUUACUCCACCCUUUCCACACUGGGGCGGAGCCUGGCGUCUGAGGGCCGGUGCGAUGAAGCUGACGACGAGCGCAGCGAGCUAGUGAGCGAGACGGACAAUGAGAGCGGAUUUGCCUCACGCUCCCUUACCCAGGAGAGACCUGAGAAACACCCCACUGCAUCUAUUACACCCACCCUCACACCCCCAACCCCCACACAGCCCCCACAGCAGCACAACGAAGCUUCCUCUACACACACUACAAACCCCACCCUGUCUCCCCUACGACCCAGCACACCACCCCCACCCCCACCCCCACCCCCUCCACACAUACUCAGGACCCUGGGGAGAGGAGCGAGGGUGGGGCGCGAUCCACCACCCCCUCCUCCUCCUCCUCCUCCACCACCCACAGACUACACCCCCGGCCCUCCUUCAACUCCCACAAGCUGAUCCAGUGUGACACGCUGGCCAGGAAGAAGCUAAAGGACAGAGGGAAGACCAAGGCUCAUUCUCUGGACCUCCCUGGGCCUUCAGGAGAGGAGGGAGCUGGGGCACCAGGGGCCCAGAGGAACCGAUCCAGGACCAACCCUUCCUCAGGGAGCA